GUACGCCUAAUCUCCGCCGUUCUUUCUGAAGAUCGGGCCCGACACGUGUGACGCGUGUGUGACGCGCCAAGAGCAGCACUUUCCAUCGGGAGGCCAUCGCAACUUCCGUCAUGGUCUACUGCCUGCUCUGAACACUGCUUUUGAUGCACCGGCGCCUCUUGAUAUUAGGCCGUUCAAGAUCUCUUCGCGCAAUGCCGGAUACGACGAUAGCUCUUCCAGACCAUCAUCGAGGAACAUGACGGCAGCAGUCUUGCGUAGUUCGCCAAACCUCGCGGUCCCCCAAACCCAAAAUACCGCCCCGGUCCAUGAGUUCAACUGUCUCUACACUCAUGAUCUGAGACGCAAGCAAAAGAGAUGGCAAGAUGGCUUCUUGCGAUACCACACGUUCAACAAGCGAGUUAUGGUCUACGAUGUUCCUAGAAAUUUCCUUGGCGACCUUCACUGGACUAGCGGAGAUGAUCUUCGAGAGGGCGACGAGAUGACGCUCGAAAAAGGUGGUAUCAUGGUCCAAGUCUCUGAGAGGAUAGGUACCAUACAGACCGACCUGUCGGACUUGUUGCAGCGUAAAGACAAGACUCCAGCAAGGAAUCCAGCCACGUCGAGGACUUUGAUGCGCUAUGGAACUCCACAUGCUGCUGCACCCAACUUUGCACCCAGGACUCCCCAAGCCACCUCGACAACUCCCAUGAAGCACAAAUCGCUCAACACUCUGCUGGGGAAGUCGAGACGACCUAUAGGAAAAGCAUCUCUCCCUACAGAAUCUCCAUACGAGGCGCGGAACAGAGACAUACAGAUAGCUGAAGCUCAGGAAGAAAGAGAAAGGAAACGACGAAGGUUCGAGUCUCCAGCUCAAGUUACUCCGAAAGUGGCAAAGCACCGUAAUGUCUCUGUACAGCAGGGCGUGGGCACCGUCGCCAAGAAUCAAGCAUGUCAAGUCAUCGAUCUUUCGUCGGAUACUGAAGACAUCUCCGCAGCACAAGCUGCAAGCCAUGCUAUCGAUGCCGAACUAUUGGCUACGUCCUCUCCUGCCCGUCUAGUCAUCAGUCCUGCACCUCGGCACUUGAAUCCCAAUCGUUUCUUGUCAGUUGACAAACGACCGGCAGCCGCAAAAGCACCUGUCGUUGGUUCACCCUCUUCAAAAGCAUCGGAGCGAGUUAAGCCUGUCGACCCUCCUGCCCGUGCCCCUACUCCCAUCGUCAUUAAACCUGUGCAGGAAGUCACUUCCUUGCGACUUGCACGUGCAAAGAAAGCUGCUGAAACCUCUGCUACCGCUGGGGACAGUCAGAGAAGUGAGUUUUUUGCGACUGGAUCCGAUUCUCAGGCACGCGGAAAAUCCUUGAAGCUUGUUGGCGCAGCUCCAAGAAAAAUGUUGGUCUUCCAGUCACAGAAAUCUCGUCAAUCGAGCACGGAGCGUGAGCGUGGAACGGGAGGCACACCGCUCGAAAAAGCUUCCGGUACGGGGCGAGAUGGGAUUUCUGAGCCAGCUAAGGAGGCGGCAGCACCCAAUGUUAAUUACACUGCAAGACAGCCUGCCACUGAACAAGCUUCGGAGGAAUCAAUCUUCCAACGACGCAUGCAAGAAAGGCUCGCAAGACUAGAGAAGAAGAACAAACGGACAGGAUUGCAGCGAAGUUCGUCUGACGUGACUGAGCAACGUCCUGCAGCAAAGAAACCCACGACCGGCACUGGACUCAGGAAGACCACUUCUGUCGUCAUGUCUCGUCUUGAUUCUCCCGAAAACCCUUCACUCGCCGACUUCCAAUUCCCAGACGUCACACCUCUGGACUUCGAUGACCCUAUCAUCGAUGACUCGGUUGCUCAGCCCCCAACGAAGCCAAGCAAAGAGCCUACGAGUCUGACGACGAAACCACAAGGCAGGGGAUCUAGUACUAUCACUGCCAGAGCAUUCAAGCCUUUGACCGUCAAACCGGUUCCCGUGACAGCUCCUGUCCUCGCCACGGAGCCUGCGCAAGCCAUUGCAGUAGAAGAGAAAAAGGAUGAAGAUCUUGGACCGUGGAGUAAAGAGGCGUUUGACUUGAUGGACUGGAGACCACCAAACAUGCAGGUGAAAGCGAAUAAGACGGCUUGAGUGUGGUGAGAUGAGAGCGAUCGUGUUGUCACAUAGAGCUUCGAUGCGUUAUGAAGAGUGAUUGCUUUUUCGGUUAGCGAUGGCGUUCAGGAACUAACUCAUUGGAGGGGUUUGGGGCACGGGCAUUGUAGUUUAUAUACCCUUGAGAGAUAUGCAUUCAACAGACAUGGCUUAUGAUGACCGUUCCAAAAUGUAUCAUGGCACCUGACCAUUAUCGUUACUUUGACUAAGGAACUGGUGCUAUGGAGGCUCUGAGCAGGCGGACGAGAAGAUGCAGAAGGAGAAAAAUAGCAGGAAGCGGGAAGGAGAGAAAAAAGCGCCCAAGUCA